GGCUGCUGUAAUGAGGAGGCAGAGGAAUGUUUGGCAUGUUCCAUCUGAUUGGAGCAGCGCGAUCUCGGGCAGGCGCAGGUCGCGAUGGGCGUGGAGGAGCAGCGCCACUAAAGCAGGAUUCAGCAGUCCUUUUCAAACGCAGAAAUUUCCAGGGAUGCCGAGGUGAGAUAAGAUAGCGUGCGUUUAAAGCCCGACUGCUGCGGCUGAGCUUCGACACAAUACUCCUGCGAAUGAACAAAGCGCGUUUUAGCGCGAGCUCCGUGCGGCGCGUGAUUUAUUGAGUGUCGCGGGUGGUCAGCUCGUCAUCUCUUCCGCUCGCUGUCGCGUUAAAUACCGCCGCUGCUCGCUGAUGAUCUUCCACCAUCAAACCGAGUGCGACACUUGAGCUUUCAGCUGCAUCAGACACGCGACAGCAGCAGCAGCACAUAUGAACGUGGACAUGUUAUCGCUAAUGUUUGGGAAAAUGCGUCAGUGCUGCCGCUCCCCCGCGGUUCGAUCCUGAGCGGCGCCAGCAUAUACUGAACGUGCGACCGAUUUGAACCAUGGAGCCCAAACCCGACUGCUGCCCUUCAUCCGUGCCCAACUCUCAGUGUGAGCUCAAGCUCAACAUCUACGAGACCAUCAGUGAGGGGAAUGUGAAUAAACUGGAGAACUCGACGCUGGUGCGUGCGGGCAGCGACCCGAGCUCCUACCCGUCGUCCAAACGCCCGCCCGGCGCCCGCCAGAGGUUCAUCCGCAGGAGCCUGUGGUUCACCGAUAAUGACGAGCACCAGGCGGACGAUGUCGCCCCGGAGUGCGAGGAGCAGAAUAAGAUGCUCAGCGUCAACCUGCGGACCAUUGUGGACCGAACUCUGGCCGUCCGAUCCGGUUUACAAGAAGGAUCGAGCACGGAGAGCCAGAAGGCUCAGAAAGACGUGGACGAGGAGAAGGAGAGAACGGACCUCAAAACAGACACGACAGACGGCAUUAAGACUAACAUAAAGGCGGCCAGUGAGGAGAACGAGGAGGAGGCUGAGAUGAAGGCCGUCGCCACCUCUCCCAGUGGACGCUUUCUCAAGUUUGACAUCGAGAUCGGCCGCGGCUCCUUCAAGACCGUCUACAAGGGCCUGGACACAGACACCUGGGUGGAGGUGGCCUGGUGUGAACUUCAGGACCGUAAGCUGACGAAGGUGGAGCGGCAGCGCUUUAAAGAGGAGGCUGAGAUGUUAAAGGGUCUUCAGCACCCAAACAUUGUGCGCUUCUAUGAUUUCUGGGAAUCUCCGCUGAAGGGGAAGAAGUGCAUCGUGCUGGUCACAGAGCUCAUGACGUCAGGCACGCUGAAAACGUAUCUGAAGCGCUUCAAAGUGAUGAAACCCAAAGUUUUGCGUAGCUGGUGUCGUCAGAUCCUCAAAGGCCUGCACUUCCUGCACACGCGCACUCCUCCCAUCAUCCACCGGGACCUGAAGUGUGACAACAUCUUCAUCACGGGGCCCACGGGCAGUGUGAAGAUCGGUGAUCUGGGUCUGGCUACGCUCAAAAGAGCCUCCUUCGCCAAGAGCGUGAUCGGUACGCCGGAGUUCAUGGCCCCAGAGAUGUACGAGGAGCAUUACGACGAGUCCGUGGACGUUUACGCGUUUGGCAUGUGCAUGCUGGAGAUGGCCACGUCCGAGUACCCGUAUUCAGAGUGCCAGAAUGCCGCUCAGAUCUACCGCAAAGUCACCAGUGGGGUGAAGCCUGCCAGUUAUAAUAAAGUGAUGGAUCCUGAGGUCAAGGAGAUCAUUGGCGAGUGUAUUUGCCAGAAUAAGGAGGAGCGCUACUCCAUCAAGGACCUGCUGAAUCACGCAUUCUUCGCGGAGGACACUGGCGUCAGGGUGGAGCUGGCGGAGGAGGAUGACGGCUUGAAGACGUCCAUCGCGCUAAAGCUGUGGGUGGAGGAUCCUCGCAGGCUGAAGGGCAAGUACAGGGACGGUGGAGCCAUCGAGUUCACAUUUGACCUGGAGAAGGAGGUCCCUGAAGCCGUGGCGCAGGAGAUGGUUGAGUCUGGUUUCUUCCAUGAGAGCGAUGCAAAGAUAGUGGGCAAGUCUAUCCGUGACAGAGUGGCUCUGAUCAAAUGGCGCAGGGAGAGGACGGUGCCGAGGGCCCCGCAGGGUGGCGCUGCUCCGGCCCUGCCGAGCGGGACGGUACCAAUCCUCUGCGAACCGCCCUGUCUGGUGGAGCCCGAAGAGCCAGAAAUGGAUCAGCAUGUGCUUGUGUGUCCACUCAGUGCACGGACCACAUCCACCACCUCUGACAGUGGCAUCGGUUCAACCGUGUACUCGGACUCCCACAGCAGCGGUCUGCACAGUGUCAUAUACCAGUCAUUACAGGAAUCUGUCUCGAUGGCAACCCAGGAGUCUUCUGUUCUGAGAGUCCAAAGCCAGGCUCCACCUGCCGCACCUCAACACGUGCAGACGUUCCCUCCUGCAUCCUCAGAGAUCCCUGUACAGGCCCCCGGACGGAUUCUGUCCACUCCCCAGCCACUGACACUUCUGCAGGGCGUCCCAACUGCACCUCAAACCGCUAUUCCACAGCAGCUCGUAUCUAUAAGUCAGACUGCAGAGUCAAAUGCCCAGACCCAUGCGCACCAACCUGCAGCAUCGCAUCAGCCUGUCUGUGUUCCACAGAGUGUCACGGGCCCGAGUUACCAUCCUGUCGCAGCAAAGCUAGCCAAUGCACAGACGUUUUCAGCUGUGCAGCACACUGCAGUCGCAGCUGCACACAGUCUCCUAUCUAAAGCAGAAGCAUCAGUGCCUGCAGAUCAUAGUUUUCAGAACGGAACCUCCAGCGUGCAGCAUGUACCACUGGUAUCUGUGAAUGCCACAACAGAUGGCCAACUCCCUGACUUCUCAAACGUGCAGCUGAGCCAGACUGGACCUGCACCACCUGUCCCACAGCUCUCCAUUCAGACACAGCUAAUGGACAGCUGGAAGCAAGGAGGACAGUCCACCUCCAGUCUGCUGACACAACCCGUUCCCCCUCCACAGGCGCCAACUUACCUCGCACAGCUGCCUUCCGUUAACACAGCUCAGUCAGUCGGAAACCCUAUUCCUGGAUGUGAUUCGUACUCUGCCUGCUUUUCCUCUGUGCAGUCGUCUCUCAGUCUGCCCGUCCCGACGCACCCCGACAUCUCACCAGUGUCGUGUUCGCAGAUAGAGAGCUCUACGCUAACCCAGUACCCCCACCUGUCCUCCACCUCCCCUAUACCCACACAAUGCCCUGCCCCACCCUUUGCUGCUCCAGUGUUCGCGCCUCCGGUUCCCACAAUUCACCAAUACCAGCAGACCUAUUCUGCUGCUCAGCAGCCCACUGUAAACUCCACCAUGGCCACUCACUGCCAACAGUCCCACAGUCAGGCCACUCCCACAGUACACCAAAGCCUCCACCCCUCUCCAAACCCUGCCUCUAUGUGUGUCGGAGCCCCUCCCACUAAACAAGCUCCGCCUACCCAGGGAGCCUUGCCCAGCCAACACCAAACUGUUCAUGUGGACCAGAACUCUUCCAGCAGCGUCGAUCACGGUUAUGUCUCUCAGAUGAUGACACACCUGACUCCUGCUCCUGCUCAGAGCUCCAGCGACCUGUCCCACAGCAGCCAUAAUGCGCCUCAGCCUCCCGCAAUACCGCAGCUCUCACCCUUUAGACCUGUCCUCGACACAUUCGGCUCUGCUGUGCCUGUGGACCAAAACCAGGCUCCUCAGCACACGAGCCAAGCGUCUUUACCCAGCAUCCCGCAUUCAGGAGCCGGUGCCAGCCUGAGUCAGCAGAACCACGCGGGCAGCAGCAGUGUUACUCCAGCACUGCAGCAGCAGCACAGCACCAGUAGAUGUGGAGGAGCUCCCACUGACAUAUUCACUGAGGAGCAUGUUCCCAAUAAGCCGGCAGCACCAGCUGGGUCCACUUAUGACAGUAUAAACUCAGAUGCCAUGUCCGGUAAAGAGAUGAGCGACGGGAACGAGGGCUCCGGCAGAGCGCGCAGCGAAUCACGAGUGCGAAAACCCAAUCGCAAAUCGUCCCGCACACGCUCCCGCCAAGACAAGAUCAACAGACCCAAACUCACCAUGAUCAAAGUGUGUGACACAGGAGAUAAGAUGGUGGAGUGUCAGCUGGAGACUCAUAACCAUAAGAUGGUGACAUUUAAAUUUGACCUUGAUGGAGAUGCUCCAGAGGAGAUUGCCACAUAUAUGGUUGAGAAUGAGUUUAUUCUUUUGCUGGAGAGGGAGAUGUUCAUUGAGCAGCUGAAGGAAAUCAUGGAUAAAGCUGAGGACAUUCUGAAUGAGGAUGCUGAGGGUGAGAAGGCCUCCGUCCAGACCUCACCACUCCGUCAGACGCCCGUCACAGCAGACUCCGGCCCGCAGGGGUCAAAACCUGAGCGCACACAGUCUGACCAGCUAGUCUAUAAACAAAACGUGCUUCACACUGGAAAGCGCUGGUUCAUCAUCUGUCCUGUGGCUGAGACAGCCGCUCCUGACAGAGAAGAGACCGCCACAAACCCAGAGAGCUCCUCUGCAUCUCAAGCCCAGAAUGUCAACACAGCCAGUGCCAAACCUCUGCAGAAACGGGCAUCAGUGCCACAGGCUGCCCUCCCUGAAGUUGUUCCAUCAGCCGAGGAUCCUCAGGCUGCCUGUUCGGCAGGUGUUUCUGUGGUUUCUGACAUCCCAUGCUGCCCUAUCGUUCCUCCCGUUUCGCUCAAUGUUGCUGCUCAGAAAGCCGCGGAGGACCCUCAGCAGCCCGUCGUCACCCACACCAGCAGCCCCGGUGCGGAGCCGCCCGUGAGCCAGAGCCAGCCCGUGGUGUUGCAGCAGCCCUUUGCCACGCCCACUCCACAGGCUACUGUCAGCAGCAGCCAAUCACAGCCUCAGAGCCCCACCCAUCAACCCCAGAGCACGAACCACGGCACGUCGGCGCAGGUGCAGCUGGGCGAAUCGGAUGGGGAAGGGCCGCCCAGGUUGGAGUUUGCAGACAGAACGAUAAAGACUCUGGAUGAGAAGCUGCGAAACCUUUUGUACCAAGAGCACCACCCCUCGCAAACCACAAGCUCGGCCUCCGAGCCGCCCGGAUCGCCUCCGCUGUCCGAUAGCCAAGGCAGCGACUGUGCCGUGAGGAAAGCUGAAAAACUGCCGCAGAUUCCAGAGAGGUCUGACAGUCUUGGGACUUUGAGUGAUUCUGCUGUUGCCCCCUUCAAAAGAAUUCUGACCAGAAAAGACUCCGGGGCCACUUCUGCUACACACACAUCCAAGAGCCACUUUCAGAUUGUGCCGACAGAUUCAGAUGUGUCCUCUCACGAUGGCGGAGGAGAUCAUUUGGUUGACCUUGAAUCUGCUGCUGUUCCUGUAAUUGAGAACGGACACGGAUCCACAUCAAAAUCACAAAACAAUCGUUACUCGGCACCUCCCGACUUGUAUCAGCACACAACUACUUCCUUUUCAGAGGCCAGACCCACAAUGCCUUGCGCUCAGAGCUCCCUGUCAGCAGAUGGGACAGCGCAGUGCCUGUCCUCCGACACAGGGGAGGAGGAUCGGAGCGAGGCUCCGUCUGUUAAGCCCACGUCUCCGGCCCCUGUCCCAUCAGAGUGCAGCGGUGGUGACUUUGUGAAGCGGGCGGUGGCGUUCCUCCGGCGCUCGGGUCACAGCAGCAGCGUCCAAAGCUCCGAUUCUCCCCCUUGUCCUCUGGCGAACGGACACGCCCCGUCGGUUAGCGGCCACGCCCACUCUGCUUACGUCAGCAGUGAUAAUGACUCUGAAUUUGAGGAUGCUGAUAUGAAACGAGAGCUGCAGAAGCUGAGAGAGAAACACAUGAAGGAGAUCUCUGAGCUUCAGACUCAUCAGAGAGGAGAGAUCGAGCAGUUGUAUUCUCGGUUAGGUCGACCCGUUCCUCCCAGCGUGGGCUUCUUGCACGCAGUGCCGCCUACAGGCCGCCGCCGCAGAGCCUCCAAACACAAGCUGAAAGGAAGCAGACUGCUCAAUCCCAUGGUGCAACAGCUUAGGAACAACCGAAGCAACAGCUCCACGGAGACGUGCUCCAGUGUGUCGGGGUCUCCGGUCAAGAGCUCGGUUCUGGGUAACAGCUCUGUGGGUUCCAGCACAGCCACGCUGAGCCCCGUGUCAGAACCGCUGGAGCCGGUCCAGACUCAGCAGCCCUGCUCGCUCAAGGGCUCUCUGUCCUCUGACAACAUCUACGGCCCCACCGCACACACGGCACCCAGACAAGGCUGGACCGUUUACCACCAAACAUCUGAGCGAAUCACCUAUAAAUCUAGUAGCAAACCACGCACUAGAUUCCUCAGUGGACCCGUGUCUAUGUCCAUCUGGUCCACUCUGAAACGGCUAUGUCUAGGGAAAGAGCGCAGCAGUAGGUCUCAUAGUGCUGGUGCUGCCCAUGUGACUUCAGCGUCCAAUCAGAACCUGCCUCCCGCGGCCACGCCCGCUUCAUCCUCUCGGCCGAUCACGGCGCUCGUUCAGGCUCAAGCGAACAACAGCAACAACAAAAGCGGCACAUUCACCGAUGACCUGCACAAGCUGGUUGAUGAUUGGGCAAAAGAAACUCUUGCCUCCGCCCCUCAGCUCCGCCCCCCUGUGUGUCAGAUCAGGCCGCAGAGAUCUCAUCAGACCUUCCAGACCAACCCCGCUGCCAUGGCCAGAGUCCCCAAUCAGAUAAGGGGCUCAAUCCCUCAGGCAGCUGUGAAGUUCCAUCUACCGCUGUCCUGUCCGCUGUCUGCAGCUCUAGGUCCCAUCAUGCCUCACGGCAUCACCAGCACCCCAUCGCCCAUCCUCCAGCGGGGCGGAUACUUGAUGCCCACCGCCCCCUUUGCAGGGUUGAUGCCAGCCCCUGUGUAUCCAAACCAGUGGUCCGGUUUGCCCAGUCCAGUGGGGAUGUUUGCCACGGCCGGUAUGGUCCCGUACCCGACCAUGUCCAGCCCAGCACUGCAGACUUUUCCUCUGAUGGUAAAAAGCCCAGACACCCCGAUGUGCCCCAGCAAAGCCAGGACUGCAUAAAAGUGCCGCCCUGCGCUCCAAACACCACAACAGACACUGUUUUUUGCCUAAGGCUAAUCGAGGCACACUUGCAGAAGGAUAAUCAUGCAAACAUGAACGGGACAUCAUCUCCUGGAUGAACAAAUCACUCAGUUGUUUGCAGAGCAGUGGGAGUUCCUGCAACACUCUGUAAUACGUUUUUAACUCCGUUACAGGAUCAAACCUCUUGGAUGUCUGUGUGCUUUAGAUUGCUGUUGGACACAUCUGUGCAAAGCCUUUGCACCUGUAAAUAUGAGUGUGUGUGUGUGUGUGUGUGAAAUUGAGCAUGAGGAGUGUGUUUGUGUCAAAACAGUCCUGUGGGCACUGCUUGCGCUUAUUUUUUUGUUUGUUUUUUGAAAACCUAUUAGCUCUUAUGUUUGAAUCUGUGUUGAGGUGUGUUAGUAAAGGGUUUGGCUGAGAGUACUGCAGGACCAUGGCCUUCAAUUCUACUGCCAUAAAGUAUAAUUUUAUAAUAAUUUUCCCUUAUAAUUCAACAUAUAGUGAGUGACUAACCUGUGGUAGCAUGAGCUUUAGACAUAUUUCAUAAAAUACAAGCAGAAUAAUUGUGGUUGUUCUUACGGCAAUGUAUGAAAGAAUUGAAAUUCAUUCCGCAUGUGUUUUAUAAAAAAGGCCAAGUGCUCAGUUAUCAGCAUUUGUUAAAGAAAUAUCAGUCCCACUUUUCGAUAAUACGUUUUAAAAUAUUUUUCAUAAAUUUACAGCACUUUUGAGUGACUUUUAUUGGCUGUUUACGGAAAUAUCCAGCAUUUCAGACCACAGGACAAAAUCCCUACAUGAAAAUGAAUAAUUCUGGACGAUGUAGUGCCUUGAUCAGUCAUCGGUUUUCCAAAGGUAUGAAUCACUUCUGAGGAAAAGCCAUUCCUCUGUGGUUUAGCAUGAUUUUCCUUCUGUUCCUGAUGCAAUAGUUUUUUCAGAAUCUCUUUUCGAGUCAUGUGGCGGUUUACAAAUUUCCCCUUUGUUGAAGUGAGUUUGCAAUCAAUAAAUUCAACAUAAUUCUAACUUUAAAUUGGAGCGAGUCUGUGCAGAUAAAUGAAUGCAGUUCCAGCUUUCAAUGCUUGGGUUUCUGAUCUUUGUACUGCAUUCAUAAGCAAUACUGGACUACUAUACUCUACUACAGCUGUACUAAGCACAGAGGACGUGAACAACUUGUUUACAUUGCGAUGAUGUGAUGUUCAGUGCAUGCCAUCAAAAUGUCGCAAAUACCAAAAUAUAGAAUUGCGAUCUAAAUGUAUUAAGGAGCAUUUUAUGUGCUUGUGGUCUUGCAGAAACCCAAAAUGUGCCGCUUUCCUCCAUUAAAGCGUAACGCAGGGACUGAAUGCAGGAUGACUGGAAUUAGUGUUGUGUGAACUCGAAUGUAGAAGCAGUGAAAGCGUGUCUGAUGCUGGAGCAGCGCGUUGACAUUAGGUGCAUGCGAUUCAACCUCCCUGUUACGUGCAGCAUAACCCCCAACCGCAAUGUGAACGCUAGCCAGACUUGGCACAGAGAAAAUCUACUUUACAUUUAAGUUCAGUUACUAUUUGUCAAAUCAGUAAUUUUUGUUUGCUUCAAAUAGUGGAUGAGGUUUUUCCCCCUCCCUUGGCUCUGUUAUGAGCCCUUGCACAGUGUUGAAUUUCUUUUAGGAGGGCAGUGCAAUUGUUAGUUGUGAUUCAUUUUUAUUGUUUUGUUGUUGUUUCAUAAAAGUGAUCCAAUAUGAGAAAAAAAAAAUGCAAGCAACUGAAUAUUAGCUUACACAAAUACACAUGUACAAAAUGUAUGUUUCUGAAACUCGCAUCCUAGUAUAUGCUCUACAGUUUUGUGUUUGUAAGAUUUUGCCUUGGUUUCUCAUGUAAUUUAGUCAGGUUCACAUUUCUGAUAGAGUCAGAAACCUGUUUUCUUCCUGAAUUCUUCAUCAGAUUUUCUUUUUACACCUUAUUUUCAACAGCGUCUUUGUAAAAGCCUGUGACCCACACAACUGCCAAACUGUGAAUUGUACAGUCCUCUUGUAUUUAUUUUAUCAGUGCUUUUGAUGCAUCAUCUGUCCUUUAAUGUUUCAUUCCAUCCAUUGCAUUUGAUUUGUACAUUUGUACAGGAUGUUCAGUCAGUCAGAAUGAUCUGUUUCAGGAGAAAUGUUUCCAGUAGGAAGGGGAUCCUGAUAUUCUGUUCUUGCUGUUUAAUGCUGUAAUCUCUGGCAAUAAUUACUUUACUUUGCCAUGUUAGUGACUUGCCCAUCUGAUGUGGCGUUUAAUAGGUUAUGGACUUUUUCCAUGUUUUUUUUCUGCAUUGGCGCUCUGUGAAUGGUUGCUUAUGAUGCACACCCUUCCAAGAAUUACUUUACUCCGCUCUGAUCCAAAAUGCACUCACAACACAAAGACUGUGUACAAGUUUAAUUAAAGAAUAAAUAAAUAUUUUGUGCUUAAUAA